AUGUUUACACCAGAAUGUGUGUAUCGACGUCUACGAUCGCCUCCAUCACCACCACCACCGCCUCCAUCACCACCACCACCGCCUCCAUCACCACCACCACCGCCUCCAUCACCACCACCACCGCCUCCAU